AUGGAUGGCAUUCAGUUAGAAAAAAAAAAUCUUGAAAAUAAUACUUAUGCUUAUAUUCAACAAUACCUUACUGACCUUGAUCCUGAUGUUGAUGCUAUUCAUCGUUUAUCUCAUCCACUUUCAGUUGGACAUAUUCAAUUUGAUCGAGAUCAACCCCCUAUUGCUCUUGAACCAUUUACAUUUUCUCCAUAUAAUACACAAAAUACAAUAACAUAUUAUGAAGCAUUUUGGGGUCUUUAUUUACCUAUUACAACAAGAUUUCGUGUAUGUGAUAUAUGGCGAAGCUUUUGA